AUGGUUCAGACGUUGCAACCGUGCCGUGGAAGGGUGCUCAGGGGCAAGGGUAGCCGGGAUUUGAAGGCCGUCGCGAACGAUGGAUUCAUGGAAGAUUACGAAUAUCCCACCGAGCGACAAACCUUGGGAGAGGCUCCUGCGUAA